AUGUUUACCUUUCAUGAGCUCAGAUCAAAGCUCAAGGAGGCAGAAGGAUGGUCUCGCAAUUACUUCAAAUCCGACACGGAGGAAUUGGGCCUUCUCGAAAAAGCUGAUGAUUCGGAAGGUCAAUCUCUCGAUCUAUCAGACGACGAAGACAGAGCCCCUGGAAAGCUCCGCCUGGUGCUGUCCAUCACGACCAAUAUCGUUUCGACGGUUUCAAUAGUUUUCACAAAUAAAUACAUUUUCUCCAACGAAACACUACGCAAUUGUCAAAUGGCCUUCGCGUCUUAUCACUUUUUCAUUACCGCGCUCACUUUGUGGGUACUAUCGCGGCCUUUCUGCGGUGCUUUCGUCGCCAAGUCAGUCUCUCUUCAUCGGAAUGUUCAUCUGAUCGUCCUGAUGUGCGCUCAAGUCAUCCUUCAAAACAUCUCCCUGGCAAAUUCGUCUAUCAUAUUUCACCAGCUCGUGCGAUUGUUACUAACGCCUGCAACUGCUUUGCUGAGCUUCUUACUCUAUCGCUCUGGCAUUCCCAAGGCAUCCAUUCUCCCCAUGAUUGUUUUGUGUGGAGGUGUCGGAAUUGUAUUCUGGUCCGAUUCAUAUUCGACUAAUACAGCCGUUUCAACGUCUUCGAAGGGUGUUAUAUGUGCAUUUACCGGUGUCAUUGUUAGCGCCUUUUACACAUCACUGGUUGGAAGCUAUCAAAAAAAGCUGCAAGUGAACAGCAUGCAGCUCUUACUCAACCAAGCACCAAUGAGCGCCAGCUUACUUUUGUGUAUGGUUCCCUUUCUUGAUACACCGCCAACAACCACUGUACUUUCACCAUCGUUAUAUAUCGCGAUUCUCGCAAGUGGUUUAUUUGCUUGUCUCGUCAAUGUGUCACAAUUCGCUGUAAUUGAUGCUGUAGGUCCCGUUAGCAGCACGGUCAUUGGGCAUUUGAAAACAUGUACGAUUGUGGGCUUGGGCUGGUUCCUAAGUGACCACUCUGUUUCGAAGCAAAGUAUCGCCGGGAUUCUCAUGGCUUUGCUUGGAAUGAGCUGGUAA